AGCAGCUUGGAUGCUUAACUCCCAAAGCUUGGGGAAAUGAAACAGCUCCUGCUUGAGGUAAUGCUGUUGUUGCAGUUUCAACAUGAAAGUUUCUCAGAUUAAAGAAGUGAAGACUAGCAAUACUGGCGUUUUCAAACAAUUGUUUUAAAGAGAUGCUGCCCAUCUGGACCGGUUCUGAGAAGAAUUUGAUGUAACACUAAUCCCAUUUGAACAUCAUCUGCUGCUUGCUAGUGUUGAACCUUCUCAAAGAUGAACUCGACUCAGCAGACAUUCCUCUUGCAUGGGGGUCUUCUUAACAGCACAAUGGACUAUAAUGAGACCAGCCUGGCGAGCAACAGGAGUGUGCCUAGCUUUUGUGAGCAAGUUCUCAUCAAGGCAGAGAUCUUUCUGACACUGGGGAUCAUCAGUUUGCUGGAAAACAUCUUGGUCAUUCUCGCUAUCAUUAAGAACAAAAACCUGCAUUCUCCAAUGUAUAUUUUUGUUUGCAGCCUCGCAGCAGCCGAUAUGCUGGUGAGUGUCUCAAACUCCCUUGAGACAAUUGUGAUUGCCAUUCUGGACAACCGCUACCUGAUUGUGGACGACAGAUUCAUCCAGCUCAUGGACAAUAUCUUUGACUCCAUGAUCUGCAUUUCACUGGUGGCGUCCAUUUGCAACUUGUUGGUUAUUGCAAUCGACAGGUACAUUACCAUUUUCUAUGCGCUGCGUUACCACAGCAUCAUGACUCUGAAGAAAGCCCUGAGCCUGAUUUGCGUCAUAUGGGUUGCUUGCAUUUUUUGUGGCAUCAUCUUCAUUGUGUAUUCCGAGAGCAAGACUGUGAUUGUUUGUCUCAUUAUCAUGUUCUUUACCAUGCUAGUCCUCAUGGCCACUCUCUAUGUGCAUAUGUUUAUGCUUGCCCGGCUGCACAUCAAAAAAAUCGCGGCACUGCCUGCUGAAGGUGCCGUGCAGCCCAGAACAUGCAUGAAAGGCGCCAUCACCAUUACUAUUCUCCUUGGUGUGUUCAUUUGCUGCUGGGCUCCUUUCUUUCUUCACCUCAUCCUUCUAAUCACGUGCCCCAAGAACCCUUACUGUGCUUGUUACAUGUCACACUUCACUACCUACUUGGCCUUGAUCAUGUGCAAUUCCGUCAUUGAUCCCAUUAUCUAUGCUUUUCGCAGUCUGGAAAUGCGCAAAACGUUCAAAGAGAUCAUAUGUUGCUAUGGAAUGAGCUUCAGCAUUCAUUGUAAAAAUUAGCUUUGACAAGCUACCCCCAUUUACAACUGCAACAAGACUGUGCCGUUUAAGCUGUGAUAUUCUGUAUUACACUGGUUCAGUUACUUCUGAAGCAAGCUUCAUUACAAGCAUAUGAUGGUUUAAUUUACAGGGAAAUGACAGUCAUGCUUUCUUAUCUAAAUAUAUUUUAAGAGGAGUUUAUUAGCUUACUAACACAUGCUGCAAAUGUUAAUGGUUAGUUAAUAGUUUGAUAAUAAACAGCAACCUUUAUAAACCUGUAAAAAAGCUUUUCCAACCCUAAAUUCCACUAAGGAUUUAAUUUAAACCAUGGUACAGUUGUUCAGAGGUACUUGAACACAAUGCUUAUGUAAUAUUGUUAUGCUAUUGAGAAAUAGUUGAACAUGAAUGUACAUUAUUUAUUAAAAAUGCUAAUAGAUGAUUAUAUAUUAACUACAAUGUUUUGUCAAUAUGUUAGUAAGCUAGUUAUUAAACUAAAACAAGUCCCCCUUAGAACAAGGCAUAGCUGAAAUGACCAAAAAUACAGAUAUUGGAAUGUAAAAGAAAAAUUCAUACUACUUGCAGGUAGUGCCACAAAUAGAAAUUGAAUUUAAAUGGCACCAUCUCACAAGGUAAAUGACAAACAUCAUAACCCUUUCAGUAAAGCUCGUCCAUCCUAGAUUGCAUUGGGCAAACACUGCUUGAUUUCUAAUAACAUUCACAUUUAAGUUAACUGGGGUACUUUCCAUACUGGGUUGUUUUUUUGCCUUUUAUGAAAAUAGUUGUAACUGUGAAAUAUCAACUAGCAAAGUGCUACAAACCAAUACCAAUAUGGGGUGUUGCAUUGGGAGAUCACUUUAAUAAUCUGUGUACACUUGUAAAAUUGGUUUGCUAUUUUUUUUCUUUCCAAAUUUAUACUAUGAUUUGCAAAAUUGCUAAAUUAAAGUUACAAUGUAUUUCACAGUGGCUCAUAAAGACCAGGGGAAAAAAGGGGUGGUUGAGAUCACAAGAUAAAUGAAUUUGUGAUCUCGACAUAAAUGCACAAUUGUUUCCCAUGCCCUGAAUAAGCCGCUGUGCGUGGAUCUCAAUCUAACUGAGCAUGUUUGGAAUGAACUUAAACAACACAUCUAUCAUCACGCUCCUCUGCCUACCUCUCUGCACCAGCUGUGAACAAUAUCAAGGACUGAAUGGAUUAACAUCCAUAAAAACAGCUUGUGAAGGAUAUGACCUGGGAAAACAGUUAGCUAAGGAACCUACUAAAGCAGUAGUAUACAAAAUACAGUGGCCAAACGGUCCAUGACAGAAAGGUUUAGGUUAUGGUUUGUGAGAGACCAAUUUGCUGUAUACUUCUUCUGGUCACAUUUUACACUGAUAAAGUGGCCAAGGUUUAUCUAGUGUCUUAAAAGUUUUACCUUGAUCACAAUAUUUAAUCUGUAAAAGUAAUGUUUUUUGAUGAUUAUUAAUGUGGAAGAAUACUUUAUUACAAUAAGAUUUUAAUGACACAUUAUCAGUUGAAAGAACUAGACACCUUUAUUUAUGUAUUUAUUUUAUUUUUUUACGCUACCUUAAAUUAAUUGACCAAAAAGAUUCUGUUACUACAGUUGAAUGUACAGAUCAUUUCAAUAACUGUGGCAACAGUGGGGUAAUGCUUGGAAGAUGACAAUCAACGAUUUUGUGAACUGUAUUUGUUUCAACAUGUGAUAAACAGGGUCCUGUAACACCAGUAUAUUUAAAUGAAAUACUCUUAAUUUCUGAAUGAUAUCUGAGCAUCAAUUUUAAGAUUUUUUUUUUCAAUGGACUUUUUACUGAUCAAAUGUACUGUAUGCUUAUGAUACCUGCAAGGUAAUGUAUGCGUGUGAAAUACUGCCCCAUCUUAAGGCUAAAUGAUUUUCUUUAGUGUACCUUUGCAUCUUUAAAUGUUCCUUUACAAAAUGUAAAUAGUGAUCUACAAAGGUACAUGAUUCAAUGCAAGAUGAUGUAAAUGUUUUGUUAGCAUUCCUGAUAUCUGGGAUUGCCACCCGUUUUAAGCAAUCAUCAUACUCAUUUAAUCACAAGACACAGAUGGUUAAAAAGAGUUGGAAGCUUUAAUAACCUUUUUGGUGAUUCCAUUUGGGUGUCUUGCUUUUUUUGAAACCUCAGGUUCCAAACCUACAGAAAGCCAAUACUGCCCUUGCAAAUAUCAGAACUAUAUUAGUUAAGGUUGCCAAAUGUUCAAACUUUAAAACCAAGACACUGUACAGGAAGCUUUGUAAAAUGAUGUAUUGAUGUGCUGUAUAGAAGUUUAUCUAUUUCGUAAUUCAUGCUUG